UCGGGCACUUUGGCGGUAAGAGCUUUGGGUUAACAAAUCAAUCGGAACGGUGAAUUAACUAUGAUCUGUUUUAAGAAACUUGGAGGCUAUUAUGCGUCAGAUGUUCAUCCGACAUUAAUAUUCCGUGAAAUUUCGUAUCAUCGGCUUGUGUGGAAUGUUUAUAAACAUUAGUUUUGUUGUGAUUACGAGAGUUUUAGGUGAGUCGUUGUGUAAGACCCAGUAGGACGCUAGGUUGCAUUUUUACUCUAAAUGUCCCAGAAGAACGACUCUGAAAGUGCCAUUUGGGAUUAUAAACCUACGGUGAAGAAGAAAAAGAAGCAUGCGUUGUCAUCAGUGGCCAAAAGAAGAAAGGAAUCUUCAUCCAACAGCAGUGCUAAAGCUACUUCUGAUGACGCCAUUGCGGAUGAAAACAAAGGGGAUUCCACCAUCCUAACAUCUGAUCAGCAAACAACUGAUGCUAACAAUGAAACCAAGGAAGAGUUCUGCCCCAUCUGCCAGAUGCCAUUUUCCAUUUUGUUGGUGCAGUCCCAAAGAUGGCAUGUUGCUGAAUGUCUUGACAUCCCCAGGGACACGUGCAAAGAAUGUCCAGAUGGUCCACUGUGCUCAUCCUCCAUUCCAAAUCAUUACAAGAAGUUCAACCACACGGUUCUGGCCCACGCCCGAGCCAACAGUGACGCUGGAAUCUUCGAGACUGGACUGGACAGUAACUCUCAGGACAGCUUUGGUGGUGGAACACCGCCUUCUAAACCCACCAAUGGCCUUUUCCUGCUGCGAUCACCUGGCCCGGAGGACAUGAAGAAGAAGAAAGGCUGGUUGUCAUCGCCGUCUUCUAAAGGCCCCUCGUCUGUUAGUUCCUCGCAGGAAAGUAGGACUGAACUUUCUUUGACUUUAGCUAAAAAUGAACCCUCUCUUGACAGCAAUGAUGAAAUAUCCUACUCCCCUCUUUCGGAGCUCCCAGCAGAGAUGGACACAGUUAAUGGUGAAGCUCACAGUGGAUCUGAAGAUGAAGACUCAGUGGUUCUCUUCAGUGAUGACGAUCCUCUUGUUGAUUUGGAAAGCACCAGUACGGUGAAUGACACCCAGUCAGCUAAAGAGGAAACCCUCCAGUCUCCUCAGAGGCUUGUUUUGGAACGCUUACGGGAAACUAUUCUAAGCAGCAGUAGUGUUCCGCCAUCAUCUCAAGCCUUCCAAUCCACCAUGGCUCCAAGCAAGGCGGGUCAGGGUUCCAGCUUCAAGCAGACGGACAUCGGGGUGUUCUUUGGCCUUAAGCCUCUCAAGGAGAAGAAGAAACCGGAAGCUCUAUUGAAAUCAGACCUUGACGCGACCUGCAUUUCCACCAUCACUCAGACCCAUAGAGGGCAGAAGGCAGGCAGGCAUAGGAAGCGGAACACCAGUGAAGAUGUCAACAAUGGUGAUGUGGUGGAUACUCCAAUCGAGGUGGGACGUAGCCGAACAAAUGAUAGGAGGAAAAGAUGGUGGAACCGAGAGAAAGAUGGUGGAGAUGGACAACCAUUGCGUUGUCCGUUGUACAAGAAGAUUCCGGGCUCGACAUUUGCCAUCGACGCCUUCCGCUACGGCGCCAUUGAGGGCAUCACCGCCUACUUCCUGACUCACUUCCACUCGGACCACUAUGGAGGGCUGACCAAGAACUCCACGCUUCCAAUCUACUGCAACAAAAUCACAGGCAACCUGGUGAAGAGCAAGCUGAGGGUGGCCGAGCAGCACGUGCACAUCCUCCCCAUGAACACGAGGGUCACUGUGGAGGGGGCACAGGUCAUCCUCCUCGACGCCAACCAUUGUCCUGGAGCCGCCAUGCUGCUGUUCUUCCUUCCAGAUGGACAAACCAUCCUCCACACUGGAGACUUCCGAGCCGAUCCCUCUAUGGAGGCUUAUCCGGAGCUGCUCAGCUGCAGGGUGCAGACUCUUUACCUUGACACGACGUACUGCAGCCCAGAGUACACCUUCCCUAAACAGCAGGACGCUGUCAGCUUUGCUGCCAGCACGGCCUUUGAGUUGGUGACGCUGCACCCGCGCACUCUAGUGGUGUGUGGAUCCUACUCUGUGGGGAAGGAGAAGGUCUUUUUGGCUCUGGCAGAGGUUUUAGGCUCUAAAGUGUGCCUCUCACGAGACAAAUUUAACACCAUGUGCUGUCUGGAGUCGGAGGACAUAAAAAAAUGCUUAACCACCGACUGGAAGACGGCAGGGGUCCAUGUUCUUCCCAUGAUGCAACUCAACGUCAGGAAGCUACAUGAGCACCUGGCGAGGUUCUCUAGCCAGUACGAUCGUCUGGUGGCCUUCAAGCCCACCGGUUGGACCUUCAGCCAGCAGAUGGGCUCAGUGGAGGACCUCCAGCCUGUCGUCAGUGGCAGCAUCUCCAUCUACGGGAUCCCGUACAGCGAACACAGCAGCUUCUCGGAGCUGAAGCGUUUCGUGCAGUGGCUGCGGCCGCUCAAGAUCAUCCCCACUGUGAAUAACGGCAGCUGGGCCGCCAGGAAGGCCAUGGACAAGCACUUUAGCCAGUGGCUUAGCAAACUAAUCUAGUUUAGUGUUUCCCAAACUUUUUACAUCACUACCACCACCUCAAAUGAUUUCUGCUUAGCAAGCACCACCUCUGCUUGCCGCCGUUUAGCUUGGAAUGUUUGCCUUGUACUUGCAGGUAAUUAUUUCAUACAUUUUUCAUGUGAAUAUUUCCUGUAUAGUUUUUUUUUUUUUUUUCUCCUGUGUGCCACUGGUAGCGUGCGUACCACUAGUGGUAGUCGUGCCACAUCUUGAGAAUCACUACUUGUUUACAGCUGGACAACAAACAAUGUCAUAGUCAUACACAGAUGGGCCAAGAAGCAAAUAAUUAGUUAUAACAUGAAGUUCUCUGCCUUAAAAUACAAGCUUUUAACUUCCUGACAUUUAAUUAGUAUUUUUUUUCCAAUAAAUUCUAUUCAUUUUUUUAAUUAAAUUCUAUUCUGUUGAAGCCAUGCUGAUGCCGUUUUAUUUUAUUUACAGUAGUGGUAGGAAAUAAUUUGUAAUUGUUCAUACAUGCGCAGACACAAUAUUAGUUGAAAAUGCAAAGGUGGACAUCCAGGUUGACGUAGGAUGGUCACUCUCACCUGCAACAAGAGAGGAUUCACUUCAAUGUGUCACACACGCAGCACAAUCACUACUUACUGUGUUUGUGUGUGUGUGUGUGUCUACCUCACUCGAGUGACUUGUUAAUGUACAUGUUGAACUCCUCCACACUUUCUGUGUGCAAGUCAUUGAUGGCCACAAUUUGGUCACCUUUGUGGAACAAACACUGAGGCUGGCCUGUCCAUCCAGACACACUACAUGGCACACACACAUUUCACUGUCAAGCUGUGUUUAAAAAUUCAUUGGACUUACCAGGGUUUUCCAUCCACUUCACUGACUGAUAUAUGCUUUUUCAAAUCAGCCUGUUUGACCGCAGCAUCUCUUUCCUCUGGGAUGCUGAAAGGGGAGAGAACAAGUGAAAUGAGCGAGAAAUCUCACAGUAAAAAUACACAACACAAACCAACCCUUUAUUAUUUCAAUUGCAAAUAUUAAAAUUCAGUAAUGUGGUACAUUUUCAAACAGAUUAAAUCCUGCACUGAGCAAUCAACAACCUGCACCUCAAUAAUGUACUUUUUUACAACCUCGGGAGGAAAAUGUUUUUGCUAAAAUGCUAAGUAUGUCAAUAUACAGACUCAAACUAUGGAACGAAAGUAAGCAAGGAACUCAAUGUACUGAUGAAUGAGCCAGUUUAAGAAGUAGUGUAAGCAUAUGGUGUUUACAAGCUAUAUGGAGGAAGACCAAUGCUGACAAACACCGUGUCUGGUAUAAUUUAUCCUGCAUUCAUUGAUUAUUAUCUAAUGGAUGUCAGAGUCUGAUAUCAUGUAUCCUGAAUUCAUCAAUUUAUUCUUCUCUAAUAAACGCCAGUACCUGACAUCAUUUAUGCUGAAUUCACUCAUUUAGUAUUAUCUAAUGAAGUACACACUGAUAUCAUUUGUCCACAAGUCAUUAUUUUAUUUGGAUAUAAUGAAUGCCAGUGUUUGAUAUAAUUGAUCCUGAAUUCAUUUAUUAUUCAAUGAAUGCCACAGCAUUUGAUAUCAGUUAUCCUGAAUUCAUUCAUUAUUAUCUAAUGAAUGUGACGGUGUCUGAUAUCACUUAUCCUGAAUUAAUUCAUUUAUUAUUAUUAGAUUCAUUCCUGUGUCUGAUAUCAUUUAUCCUUAAUUCAUUCAUGAUUAUUUAAUGAAUACCACAGUGUCUCAUAUAAUUUAUCCAGAAGUCACCAUUUUAUAUUCUAUCACUGAUCCUGAAUUCAUUUAUUAUUAUUCAGUGAAUGCCUCAUGAAUGUGUGAUAUCAUUUACGGUACUCUGAAUAUCUUGUGUUUAUUUACUUACUUCUUCACAAUGUUUAUGUCAGUUGGAUUUAUUAUAUAUUCUGUAUUUAUUUAUUCAGAACACAAUGUUGUCUGUUUUUUACUCCUUUAUUUAUUCCUAAUACAUUCCCUAUUGUUAUCUAACCAAGGUAUAAUGUGAAUUAGGGUAUAUUACUAGCUAUUAUUAUAUAAUGAAUACAUAUUAAUUCAUUACUAUAAUUAGUUAUAUAGUGCAUUUUGUACUCAUUUGUCUAUUAUACAGCAUAUCUGUCCAUUUUACUCCUGUAUCAACGUGAUGAAGAGGUAGGAUUAAGUAAACUUCUUCCUGCUUCCUUUGGGCCAAGUUGAAUUGUGCAAGCGUAAACAUGUGAUGUACUGCAAUGUUACUUUGUUAAGCAUAUUUUAAAUGAAGUAAACCAUGACCAUUACCAAAUAAUAAAGCUGUCA